UUUUAUACGUUGCGGCUUUGGUGUUGUUGCAUUUUCGCACAUGUUAUAGAAUAAUCUUCAAUCUUGUGAUUUCUUAUUGUAAAUCGUUUGUUUUUUAAACAAUUCUUCAAUAAAAAAAUUUGAACAUUUCGCUAAGCCGCAGUAUGUCAGGAGAAUUGUUGUUGCAAUUUCAGCAUUUGGGUAUGAGUGAGCAGAAAGCGAAGGAAACCCUUAAGAAUGCAAACGUUACUAAGAAUUUACAAUUGGCUUUGGCGGAAAUCAACGGUAGGGAUUUACCUGAAGGCGCUGGCAUGCUAUUGUAUCAUAUGGCGACUAAAAUUAAGCCACAAAUUGCGGGUCAAUUACCUUUGAUAACGCGCUACAUUGCGAGCGGUAAAUUAAAUAGUGCUAUGAAAGUUGAUGCAAGUUUGGAAUAUUUACUAAAGCUGGGCCAGAAAAUAGACAUCAAUGUUGAUAUAGAACAAUUUGAAUCUGAAUGCGGUGUGAAUGUAAUCAUUACACCGGAAGAAAUUGAGAAACUGGUUCAAAAACUUAUACAAAAGCAUACAAAAGCAUUAUUAGAGCAGCGUUAUCAUUUCAAUUCAUCGAAAAUAAUGCAAGAAGUCAGGGAACAUUUGAAAUGGGCAGACGGUAAAAGUGUUAAGGCAGCUAUAGAUGUGGAGAUUUUUGAUUUACUUGGCCCGAAGACUGAGGAUGAUUUGAAACCUGCCACUAAAAUCGAUAAGAAAAAAGAGAAAUCAAAAUCAAACGAUAAUGUGGAUAAUAAUAAAUCGAUGAAAAAGGAAAAUGAUACGGAAAAUCAUGAUGGAGCUCAUACUAUAGGGGAACUAAUGAAAACUAAGGUACAUUUCCAUGCACCGGGUGAAAACUAUAAGACCGAUGGUUAUGUGGUUACGAAUCAUACUGAAAAUUUACUAAAGCAGCAUUUACGUGUAACAGGUGGUCGAGUUCAAACUCGUUUCCCACCGGAACCUAAUGGUAUUCUUCAUAUUGGUCAUGCUAAAGCUAUAAAUAUCAAUUUCGGUUACGCCGCUGCUCACGGCGGCAUUUGUUAUCUGCGUUACGAUGACACAAAUCCUGAAAAGGAAGAAGAAAAGUUUUUUACAGGCAUACAUGAUAUGGUUGAAUGGUUGGGCUAUAAACCAUAUAAGAUAACGCACUCUUCCGAUUAUUUUCAGCAAUUGUAUGAAUGGGCUGUUAUUUUAAUACGCAAAGGCUUGGCUUAUGUUUGUCAUCAAAAUGCUGAAGAAAUGAAGGGAUUUAAUCCCAAACCGAGUGAGUGGCGAGAUCGUCCCAUAGAAGAAUCUUUGCAACUGUUUGAGGAUAUGAAAAAUGCGAAAAUUGACGAAGGAGUCGCGACCUUGCGUUUGAAAAUAACCUUAGAAGAAGGUAAAGUAGAUCCUGUAGCGUACCGAAUUAAAUUCAUACCACAUCAUCGCACAGGAGAUAAAUGGUGCAUAUAUCCAACAUAUGAUUACACUCAUUGCUUGUGCGACUCUUUAGAGAAUAUAACCCAUUCAUUGUGUACCAAAGAAUUUCAAUCUCGUCGUUCCUCUUAUUACUGGUUGUGUAAUGCUUUAGAUAUUUAUUGCCCUGUCCAAUGGGAAUACGGACGUCUAAAUAUGAAUUAUGCGUUGGUGUCGAAACGGAAAAUUGCGAAAUUAAUUCAGGAACGUAUUGUUGAAGAUUGGGAUGAUCCGAGAUUAUUUACGUUGACAGCUUUAAAGAGAAGAGGUUUCCCGCCCGAGGCUAUUAACAAUUUCUGUGCUCAGAUGGGUGUAACCGGUGCGCAAAUAUCAGUGGAUCCUUCCAUGUUAGAGGCGGCUGUAAGAGACGUUCUAAACGUAACAGCACCUAGACGUUUAGUAGUUUUGCAGCCCUUAAAAGUUAUUAUAGCUAAUUUCCCUUACGAUUCGAUGCAAGAGGUGAUGGUACCCGAUUUCCCCCAAAACUUAGAGCUAGGCUGCCAUCGUAUGAUCUUGGACCGAGUGAUAUAUAUAGAGCAAAGUGAUUUUCAGGAAAACCCCGAGAAAGGGUAUAGGCGUUUGGCACUCGGUCAAUCAGUUGGGUUGCGACACGCCGGGUUAGUUAUAAAAGUAAAAGAAGUACUAAAGGAUAUAUCUACGGGUGAAAUAAAGGAAUUGUUAUGCGAUUGCGAGUUAAGUGAGAAAGCUGAAAAACCUAAAGCCUUUAUUCAAUGGGUAUCGCAACCUAUUACCAUCGAAGUUCGUCUAUAUGAAUUACUGUUUCAGCAUAAGAAUCCUGAAGAUCUAAAUGAAGUGCCAGGAGGUUUCCUUACGGACAUCAAUCCGAACUCGAAGAUGGUUUUGAAAUCAUACGCUGACCGUUCCUUAAGUACUGUUAAGGUGUACGAUAAAUAUCAAUUUGAACGUAUAGGAUUCUUCUCGGUUGAUCCCGAUACAACGUGUGAGAAGCUGGUCUUCAAUCGUACGGUAGUCUUGAAAGAAGAUACCGGAAAAAAAUGAGGAAUAGUCCGAUUUAAUAGAAAUUAUUUUUCUAACAUUGAGAAGCUUUACUUGAAAUA